CAUCACAUCACAAAAAAAGUUGUUUCGAUUUUGUGAAAUGCUAAUUUGUGAAUAAAAAAAUGCAAUUUUAAAUGAAAAGAUAACUUAAUUGUGGUGUUAUGGAGGCUCAGGCGGCUUCUUCGAAGGGCAAAGGCCCUAUAAUAGACCCUGCGUUAUGCCGUUGUUGCAGAUCUAUAAAGAAAUGCAGGCUUUUAACUACGGAAUACGAGUGGAUGGGGCAGAAGGAGGUUUAUUCAGAUAUGUUUAUGGAUUGUUUUGGACUUCUCCUAUCUCACUUGGAUGGCGACACUAAAGACUGCUGCGUUUGCGCGACGUGUGUCGUGCGUCUGCGCGAUGCGUGCGCGUUUAGACAACAAGUGUUGCAGUCUGAAGAGGCUUUCCUUAGCACCAGGCUGCAUAUUAAAGAAGAUGGCUCCGGUAAGGUGGAGGUGGAGGUGAAAGCUGAACCGCUGUGCGAAGACGACACUCACGACAUGGAUGAUAGAGACGAGCUGAACGUCAACGAUAUCACAGAACCAAUAGACCCGAAAAUAGAAGACACGCCACUCGAAGCCCCCGUGUCACACCGCACGCGAGCCAAGCGCGAGCGAUCAGACCGAACACACAAGAGAGAUAUAGCCGACAAGAUGAAGAAGCUGAGGGAGAAACUCGAUGAUAUGUUGGAGAAACCUGUGGAAAUCCCAGUGAAGAAAGAAACACAGAAAACAAAGAAAAAACAAGAAUUGGACCACGACUUCAUGGUUUACACAAACGCCACGACGAUAGUACACAAUUCCUACGUUUGUCCAUUCCAGAACCGAAUCAGUAUAUAUUAUUGUUUCUACUGCCGAGACCAAUUCACGAACCCAAACGAACUCCGCGAACACACACUCAACCACGAUCCCGUAGAACUCUUCCAAAGCACUAUGGAAAACCGUAAAAUACCGAAAAUUGACAUCACUAGAAUCGAUUGUAGGUUAUGCAGCGAAAAAAUCGAUGAUCUUGAAAUUUUUAAGAAGCACAUCACUAGUGUGCACGGAAAAAAGUUAUAUCCUGUCACCAAUGAGUUUCUAAAGUUUAGGUUGUCAAUGGAUAAUUUAAUUUGUACGGAAUGUAAUAGUACUUUCCCGUAUUUUGAUGUUCUUAAAAAGCAUAUGAUUGUCCAUUUCGGGACUUAUAUUUGUGAUGUCUGCGGAGCUUGCUUUUUAGAAAGAAAUUCUUUAAGAACUCACAUAAAAUCACAUACUAAAGUCGAGGAAAGUUUUCCUUGCGAAAUUUGUGGGAAAAAUUUAAAAUCUAAAUACAGUAGAUAUUUACACGUCGCUACUAUUCAUGAGAAAAAACCUACAGUCAACUGUUAUAAGUGCGAAGCUAGUUUUUUGUCGUACGCUUUAAGAAAUCGUCAUUUAAUCGAGGUACACGGUGACAAACGCACGUUUGCUUGUAAAUUAUGCGACAAAGUUUACAACAGGCGAAAAACUUUAAUGGAACAUAAUCGUAGGAACCAUCUUAAAGUUUAUAGACACCAAUGCGAUUUAUGCGAUCAGAGGUUUUACCUGCCUUCGCGGUUAAAAGAACAUAUGGCAACACAUACUGGGGAAAGGAAUUUCCGCUGUGAAUUUUGCGAUAAAAGUUACCCAAGGUUGCAAUCUUUGCAAGAACAUGUACGCUCUCAUAAUAACGAGAGAAGGUAUAAGUGUGAUAUUUGUAAUUCGACGUUCACACAAAAUGGUAGCUUGAAGAAUCAUGUUAAAAGUCAUCAUCAAGGCUUCGAUAUAGAUGCUAGCUAUAAUUGAAUGUGUAAGUGUUUAAUUUAUUUGUUUUUGUCAGUAUUAAUAAAAAUGUGUAUUGUAAUUGGA